UGGUUAUGGUGAGUAAGGCUACACAAAGGCGCAGCUGUGGCGCGAAAGUGGCGCGCGGGCGCGGUUUGCUCAGUCUCGCGCUGCGUAUUUGCAGUAGUUGUUUAAUUAACAGACGCUAAUUAAACGCUUUUCUUCUUCUUCUUCUUCCUCCUGGUUUCUGAUUAACUCUGGAUUUCUGAAACGCAGACCCCGGCGUGUGGAGUGUUCCUGCUUCUUGGCGCUGGAGAUUUUUUUUUUCCUUCCUUUGUUCCGGAAGUUCAAUUGUUCUCUUUCUUUGUCCUUCAGCCCCGGUUUCUUCUGCUGCUCUUCAGUCCGGACCUGAACAGAUGAGACGGUUGUGACUCCGGCUGUGUGUGUGUGUGUGUGUGGGGAUUAGACAUGGAGUGUGAUCACCACCAGCACUACUUCUACGACGAGAUGGACGGAAGGAUCGAAGACUUCUUCACGUCCACGGCGCCCAGCGAGGACAUCUGGAAGAAGUUUGAGCUUCUCCCCACGCCGCCCGUGUCUCCCUCCAGGACUUUCCACGCGGGACGUGCGUUAUUCCCGCUGUCGGCGUCGGAGCGGAGCAUGUGGGCGUCGGACGAUUACGGCGUGCUUCCUCUGAAGAAGCUCGACCCGCUGGACGUGUUCGGGAACCUGAGCUCCGUGGUGAUUAAGGACUGCAUGUGGAGCGGCGGGUUUAACGCCACCAGAGCGACCCCUCGCUCAGAAACGCAUCAGAGCGAACUCGCGCACGUGAACGCACCACGGAUCCAGAGCGCAGUGAGACAGACCGACGUACAGGUCACGAGGUGUGUGAACCCCGCAGCCGUCCUCAACCUGCCCGUGUCCCAGUCCAAAAAAACCCCGGCGUCCUCAGGAUCCGAGUCGCGCUCGGACUCGUCCGAUGAUGAUGAUGAGAUCGAUGUUGUGACGGUGGAGAACCGUUUGAAGAAGCGCACUCGCACGCCCAUCACCAUCGCCGUGAGCGCCGACCCGCACGGCCCGCGCAAGAAGCACUUCCACAUCUCUCUGCACCGGCAGCAGCACAACUACGCCGCUCCGUCUCCGGAAUCCGACGACGAGCACCACCACCACCACCAUCACCCUGACGACGAUGACAAUGAUGAAGAAGAGCCGCUCGGUAAGCGAGUUCGGAUUGACCCUUCGCUCUUAUCUGCUCCGUCGUCUUCCUCCUCGUCCUCUCCGGCCAGCUCAGACUCCGAGGACUCCACCGAGCAGCGCAGGAACUUCCUGGAGAGGAAGAGGAGGGACGACCUGCGAUCUCGCUUCCAGAUGCUCCGGAACGAAAUUCCAGGUCUGUCAGAGUCUGCUAAAACCUCCAAGGUGGCCAUCCUGACCCACGCCACGGAGUACCUGCUGCAGCUCCGGGCGCGAGAGAGACGGCAAGCGCAGGAGAGGAAGAAACUCCGAGCCAGACGACAGCUGCUGCUGCGCAAAAUCAGCGCCCUGAAAAAGCCAUGAACUCAAUCCGACAGAUAUUUAUUCUGAAUCUAAAGGGUUAAUCUAAAGGUGGUGCGUUUUUCUUUUUUUUCCUUUUUUUUCCUUUUUUUUUUUUUUUAAAGCACAGAGAGCUAAAGCUAACUAACACACACUUUAUGCAAAGAAGUCGAGUCAAAUUCAGAACUGACAAAAAAAAAGGAAAAGACCAGACUGGAAAAUAGCUGAGAUCAGCUUAAAGAUCCGGAAACUCUCGCAAUACGCUUUACACAAACUGACGGAGGAAUAAAACCGACAAACUCCUGCAAGAACCAAAAAUCUGAGAACUCUAACCUCGUCUAAUUGGGUCUUAUCUCCUUAAAAUAAUCCCUGAACUUCACCUGAGGUUGAGUUGAGUCAGAAAUAAGAUGUGUAGAAUCCUGAGAUGCUGUGCUUUCUCACUCUGAGCUGAAAGUGUAUCGUGCUGUGAUGUGAUGGUGAGGAUCGUCGUGUCGUCUGUGUUUACUCAGGACCGCAGCGGGGAGAGAAAAGAAAACAAAACACUGUUGAACUUGUGUGUGUGCUGAUGUCUGAGUCCUCAGCUCCUCUGAUCGGCCGUUCUGUACCUGAAGAAUCAAAUGUAGGAAUUGUGAGAUUGCUUAAAGUUCGGCCCAUGCCUAGUCAUGUUUGCAAGGGUGGGUGUGUGUGUGUGUGUGUGUGUGAGUGUGAGAGAUGAUUAAACUGGACCGGUAAUCAUGUGUUCGUAUCUUUACACCAGGUGAACUUUGCACAUUAGGAGCAGGAAGUAUUUGUGUUUUUCUUCUUCAUAAGAAUGAAAUGUUACAUUAUUUCCUCGUGUGUGUGAGUGUGUGUGUGAGUGUGUGUGUGAGUGUGUGUGUGAGUGUGUGUGUGAGUGUGUGUGUGAGUGUGUGUGUGAGUGUGUGUGUGAGUGUGUGUGUGAGUGUGUGUGUGAGUGUGUGUGUGAGUGUGAGUAGGGGGAAAGAGUGAUGAACUACACAAGCUCUGCUCUCUGGUGAUGCAGCGGUGUGUUUUAAUGAUGCACAUCUUUCCAUGUUGUCCUCAGUUACCUCAGUGUGUGUGUGUGUGUGUGUGUGUGUGUGUGUGUGUGUGUGUGUGUGUGUGUGUGUGUGUGUGUACACAUGCUGUUGUGAUUGCUGUAGCAUUUGCACAUGCUCAAUAGAGGUUUUUUUGUUUUGUUUUGUUUUGGACACAACUCGAAUCUGCACAAUGGUGUUGUAAAUACUUCGUCAUUUGUGUGUUUUUCACAUUCAGAUUCUAUUUUGCUAAAAAAAAAUUAAAAUAAAAUAAAAACAAAUGCAGAUUUAAAAAAUG